GCGGAAAAGCCACUUCCGGUUCCCGUGGGAAAGUGGCCUUUGAAUUUUCCCACGCGCAGAAUCAGAGGCUAGAAGGGCCUUUUUCGGGUGAAAUCCUGGGAAGGAGCCCGAUUCUAGCAGCCAGCAUCCCUGAGGAGAGAGGAUGGCCCGUCCUCCACCAGAUGUUUGCAGAGAAACGCAACCACCCAGCGACGAGGACAGAGUUGAGUGUGUGAAAGUGAAGGUGGAGAUUCUGGAUGAGGAGACCUCCAGCCCGGAAACGCAUCGCCAGCACUUCCGGCAGUUCUGCUACCAGGAGGCCGAGGGUCCCCGGGAGGUUUGCAACCAGCUGUGGGACCUCUGCCACCUGUGGCUGCAGCCCGAGAGGCACACCAAGGAGCAGAUGCUGGAGCUGGUGGUCCUGGAGCAGUUCCUGGCCGUCCUGCCACCGGAGAUCCAGGGCUGGAUCCGAGACGUCAACCCCGAGAGCUGCUCUCAGGCGGUGGCCCUGGUGGAAGAUUUCCUGCGGAGGCAGCGGGAGGAGGAAGAGAGGCUGGGCAAGCAGGUGCUGGGGCCUUUCAAAGAGGAAGCAGACGAUUUCCAUAAGGCCGAGGAGGUGUCUCCGGACACCUGGCAGAGGGUGAUCUUGGGGGAGAUCAAACAGGAGGAGGACGGAGAUGCAGCCUCCCUAGGUGAUGAAAGAGCAUAUGGGGAAGAGCCAGAAAAUCCAGGAGAACUAGGACCCCAAGGGACAUUGUCGGGAAGAGCAGGACAGAACAAUUCCCACAAUCCUGAUACAGGAGAAGCCUCCAAAAGCCAGCUGGUGAAAUGUUCCGAGAAGGGAAAAACGGUUUGUUCCCCUCAGGCUUACCAGCAAGCCAAAGGGGUAACGGGCCAGCCAAGAAUCCAAGACGAACGGUUGAAAAAAUGCCCUGAAUGUGGGAAAGGCUUCGUCUGGCGGUCUGAGCUCAUUGAGCAUCAGAGAUCCCACACAGGCGAGAGGCCCUAUUCGUGCUCAUACUGUGGGAAGAGCUUCAGCCGCAAAUCGUACAUCAUUAAGCACGAGCGGAUCCACACGGGAGAGAAGCCCUACAUCUGUUCCCACUGCGGGAAAGGCUUCAUUUCGAAAUCAGACCUCAUUAAACACGAGCGGACCCACACGGGGGAGAAGCCGUACAUCUGCCCGGACUGUGGGCGGAGCUUCAGCAGGAAGCAGUUCCUGGUGACCCACCGGCGGACGCACACGGGCGAGAAGCCAUACAAGUGCUCGGAGUGUGGGAAGAGUUUCAGCCAGAGGACCUGCUUGGUCAUUCACGAGCGGGCCCACACUGGAGAGAAGCCCUUCCAAUGCCUGGUUUGUGGGAAGAGCUUCGGCAGGAGGGAUAUCCUGGUGACACAUCAGAAGCUGCACACCAGAGAGAAGGCUUUCCAGUGCACAGACUGGUUGUGAAAGGGGUGGUGGAGCCCCAGGGAUAUCCUGCUUUGCAUUUUCAGUGGUAUAUAUUUGAAUGAAUGAAUGAAUGAAUGAAUGAAUGAAUGAAUGAAUGAAUGAAUGAAUGAAGCCUGUGUGUGAAAAUCCUUGAAUGGACAUAA